AUGAAUAACCAACAAGACAAACAAUCGAUUUGUAAUGAAAAUUCACAGUCUAGUUCUGAUAAUGAAGGAACAAAAGAUUUUGGAACAUGUGUGAAAUGCCAACAACCGAACACCGGUCAUAAAUGGUGCAAACCAUAUAAUGUUAAAAGAUUUGAAUAUGAACAAAAAGAUUUGACAAGCGGUGACAAAGAUGUUGACGAAUUUAUUCGUGAAAUACAAGUCAAUGCAAAUGAAAGCAAGGAAUUCAUUGAAUAUAUCUCUUACGAUAAAUUUAAAGAAGUAGAAAAAGUUGCUGAUGGUGGUUUUGGUAUUGUUUUCAAGGCCAUUUGGAAAGAAGGAUAUAUUGAAUAG